AUGCAUGUAAUUAUUUUUUGGCAAAUUUUUUUUUUUUUUGCUUUUUGCCCGUGCAUGUGGGUGGAUGGAUGGAUGGAAGGACUCGGCGUGUGCCGUAAAUUUCCUUUUCUUUUUUGUUCUCUUCAUUUUUUUUUUUUUCCUUUUUUUUUCCUUCUCCAUGUUUGUGCGUUUGUCUGCAUUUGUGUCGGAAGGAUAUCUGGGUAUUUUCACCAAAAGGAAGGGAAAAAAAAAAAAACAGGAAGAAGAAGAGAGGAAAAAAGAACAAAAGGAAAAGUGAAUUUUUUUAAAAUUUAUUUCUGCCUGUUCACACAACGUUUUAGUGUCGUCUUCUGUUUUUUUUUUUUUUUUUUUAAUUAUUGCCUUUCGUCCCGGCACCAUCCAUCGUUCUCUUUUUUUUCUUUCCCCCCCUUUUCCAUCGCUUUGCCCCAUCGCUGCGAAAUGAGCACGGCGCCAGGGGGGGCGGUUGACGAUGAAAUUCAAAGUCGCCUGUCAAAACUCUCCGUCUACAAACGGGCGGAGUAUCACUGCGUGGAGGGCAUCGCGGCGCUGCGAGAGUCACUGCGGGAUGUGGUGAGGCUUGAGGGAGAGGAGUCCGGCACCAACGACCAUGGCGCCAGCAAAGCCGUUCAUAACAGUAGUGGUAGUACUAGUGGUGGCGGGGGCCGUGCGGAGCUGGCGAAGGCACGGCAGGCGGCGCGGCGGGCCCACCAGCAGCUCGACAAACUUGCGAAGGAGGCUCAACGUGCGGCACGUCGCGAGGACGGCGGGUGCGAUGCCGACAUGAAGGAAUUAAUGAGACACGUGGAGAGCGCCAAGCGGUGGUACCGCGAGUGUUUUCGUGUUGUGCCGCCGAUUGAGGGGGGAUAUGAGCGGCAGGGCGACACCGGCGGUGCUCCCGGUCUGGACGAUGAUCUCCACGCGCGUCAAUGCACGCAACACGGGGCCACAAGUAUGACCACCCCGUUGCUUGCAGCGAAUUUUAAUGAUGUUAAUAGCAAUAUUCAUAACGGCAGAGAUGGCGUGACUAGCAGUAGAAACGCCAGCGUCACUGCGCCGCAGCCCACCGUGUCCGAUGAGGAGUUUCUUUUGUUUUUGGAUCAGGUGCGGCGAAACGACGAACUUGCCGACGUCGCGCUGGAUCGCAUUUCCCAUGGCCUCUCGCGGCUACAUGAGAAUGCGCUGAAUGUGACGUCCGAGUUGCGGACGCAGGAAGGACUUUUGGUUGCGGUGGAGGAGAAGGUGGAGACCACCCACGCAAAUCUCAGCGUGCUGAACAAACGGUUGCGUAAGUUUCUUGCGGAAAAGAAUAAAUGCGACUGUUUUAUGUACGCUUUCUGCUGUGCGCUGCUGCUUGGCGUGGUUGCCGCGAUUGCGGUUUUGCUCAAGAAAUGA